AUGGCACUUAGUAGUGCUAUUCUUGUCCAGCGGGGUUCUCGUGCCGAAUCGGAGUCUGAAAUAUCUCUCCUUUCCCCCCUGUCGUCCUCAUCCCCUGCGCACAGCGACUUCAGAACUCCAUCUGCAUCCCGUUGCGUGCGCCCUCUCCUUCGGACUCCUGGUGCUUCUAGGUGCUUCUUCUCUCUCGCAUAUGAGCAGCUCCCCUCGUCGCGAUCCUCCUCGUUCCUCUUCCUCUCGCCCCAACCCUCCUCGCUCUUCACGCCCUUCUUCGUUAUCCCUCCCACCGCGGUCUAUUGGUGGGGAAAUCUCCUCACGCUUUGCGGUCCUUCCUAUGUGGCCAUGGAGGGUCUGUCCAGUCUACUGUUUGCGCAGAAAGCGGGCCAAAUAGGCAGAGACAUUGCGGAUGAAGCAGAAAGUUACCAGUUCGUGAUUCUCAUCGCAGCAGCAACUGCAUUCGUUGCAGCUGCGUGGUGGGUCGUCAUCGUGCGUGCUGCUCCGCGUCUUCCUGAAUCACGCCGCACACUAAAUCUUAUACAGGCAUAA